GUUUACGAGCACGACGCCGCUCGGUACAUUUCGUCUUCGUUCGACCUGCUGGAACGUUGCGUUCGUGUUAGGUCCGGAGUCAGGCGGCAGGUGCUACUGAAACGGUCUCUUCGAAGUAGGAUUGAGAACUAAAUCUAUUGUAUAGAAUAUCUGAAACGGUUCGAAAUUUUCGAUUAUUAAAUAAUAUUGACUUCUUCAGCUACAUCGAUAUCAAGUUUUUAAAAAAUCGAUAUUAAAUCGUUUUGGAACUUUGUAAACAGACUUUGCAUUUAAGUACACUAAGGACGGCUGUUUUAAGGAAUUUAAACCCAGAAACUGUGAACUUGUAAUCUACUAAUUCAUAUCUUCGCAGCAAGAUUUACCUUAAGUGUCGGAUACUACAACGCUCAUUGGGGAUUUUUCCGACGAAGCAUCCAGAAACAAAUCGACUAUAAAUGCCUCAGAGACAAACAGUGCUUAGUUGUUCGUCUCAAUCGUAACCGGUGUCAGUAUUGCAGGUUUCGAAAAUGCUUGGAUGUUGGAAUGUCCAAAGAUUCUGUUCGUUAUGGUAGAGUGCCGAAAAGGUCUAGAGAGAAAAACGAAGAUAUUCAAGUGACCCAGUCUGACGUAGAGCAGCAGCCUGUGCAAAAUUACAAAUUCAAACAAAUCAUGUAUGCAACAAUAUUAUCAAUAUCUGAAGCUCACCUUGCUCAUUGUGCCUAUACAGAGGAAAAAACAAGGGGGCUUGUUAGAAAACCUGCUUUAUUUAGUAUGACAGAGUAUCAACAUAAUGCUGUUGAUAGUCAAGGUGGAGUUGGCAGUUUAGAAUUACAAAAAAUUAUCAUGUGGCAACAAUUUGCUGCUCUGCUUACACCUUCCAUUCAGCAAAUAGUAGAGUUUGCUAAACGCAUCCCAGGUUUCCAAGACUUCAUACAAGAUGACAAGCUAUUAUGCAUUAAAUUAGGUUUUUUUGAAGUUUGGCUAGUGCAUGCAGCACGUCUUAUCAAUCCCAUCGAUGGCACUGUAACAUUCAGUGACGGCAGCUACAUAUCAAAACAGCAAAUGGAGAUCAUGUUUGAUCGAGAAUUCGUUUCCCUUCUAUUCAAUUUUGUGUGCUGGUUUAACGAUUUACAACUGAAUGAUUCCGAAAUUGCUUUGUACUCGGCUGUUGUGCUUCUGACUGCUGAGCGAGAUGGCAUAUAUGAUCAUAAAUCUAUUCAGCAGAGGCAGGAAGAAUUAAUUGAAGCACUAAAAUACCAAUUAAAUGAAGACCAUCCAAAUGAACCUCAUAUCUUCGUUACCCUUAUUUCCAAAUUACCUGAGUUACGCACGCUGGGAGAGAAACAUUUAGAACAUUUGAGGUGGUUCCGAGCCAACUGGGCACAUCUGAAACUGUCACCAUUGUUUGCUGAAGUUUUCGACAUUCCAAAAUCUGAACAUGAUCUAGCACAACGAUAGUAGUGUAAGUUCUGCUUUUUA